ACCAGGGGCGGACUGACAACUCAUGGGGCCCCUGUUUCCUUGCCCAAACUCAAAAAAGCCUAUGAAAAAGGUACCAGGGUCUUCUCAUGUGGCCCCCUACUGACCCUGGCCCUCGGGCAGUGCCCGAGUUUCCAAAUGGUCAGUCCGCCCCUGAUUUCAACUAGAUCAGUGACACCAUUGAGGUCCGGUGGCCACACAGCUACCCAGCUGGUUAGUUUUAUCAAGCGGUUUCCCGCCGCAUGCUACUUAUCUAUCUUUUAUCUGCUAGCGAAGGCCUUUUAUGGUUUUAUUAUAUGUGUU